AUGUCUUCAAAAUUAACCAAGGAACCAUACUCAAAUAUAAAUCGACUAAAAUUAUUAAACGCAACUACUUCAAAUCCCAAGUUUGUACUUGAGAAGUCACCCUUUAACGAAGAUGACGAUGAAGGGGAAGCAGCUGCUUCCUCGAGUUCAAAAGAACACGUCAUUAUUGGACGCAUAUUUCCAGACUCAGAGGUAUUUAGAGAAGGUUCAUUUCAAAUUGAAAUUAAAUUAACACCAACUUAUCCAUUCGAUCCACCUGAAGUACGUCUUCUUACUCCAAUUUAUCAUCCAAAUGUUGGCCAAGAUGAAAUCGGUCGUGAAUAUAUGGACAAUCGACCUGAAUUUAAUCGUAAGGCACUGGAAUUUGUCAAAAAACACGCUUUGCCACGUAGCUAA